AUGACUGACUUGGGAGAGCUGAACUAUUUUUUGGGCAUGGAGUUCACCUGUACUGAGACGGGUCUGAUUUUGCAUCAGAGGAAGUAUGUUAAAGAAUUGCUGGAACGAUUCAACAUGUUUGUGUGCAACCCAGCAAGGAGUCCAAUAGAAGUGAAUCUAAAACUAAUGAACGACAAGAACGAAACCGACUCUGAAGAAACCUUGUUCAAGCAGAUUGUAGGUUCUCUACGAUUCUUGUGCAACAGCAGACCAUAUCUAUCAUACAGUGUGGGGUUGAUAAGCAGGUUCAUGAGGAAGCCAAGGAGAACGCAUAUGCUCGCAGCAAAAAGGGUGUUGAGAUAUGUCAAAGGCCCUGCAGACUUUGGUAUAUUGUUUCCAUUUGGGAAGCGCAACGCUGAUGAAGGAAGUUUAGAACUUAUUGGGUUCACAGAUUCAGAUCAUGGUGGAGAUUGUGUUGAGAGGAAGAGCACAUCAGGCUAUAUGUUUAUGCUGAAUGGAUCUCCCAUUUCGUGGUGCUCGAAGAAACAGCCUGUGGUGGCUCUGUCUAGCUGUGAAGCGGAGUACAUAGCGGGCAGCUAUGCAGCUUGUUAG